CGGGGGGCCAGUUCUCCUCUGGCGAACAGUGCUUUGUUACGAUUCAGAUUGCUAUCAUAAGUCAGAUAGGAUCGCAACAUUCAAAGUAUUUAUUUCAGAUCCAGUUGAGGUUUGUCUGGCUUGAUGCCUUCAGUAUGUGUCCCCGAUCGUUUCUAAGGCUUUGUCCAUGUCUACUGGCUAGCAUCUCUGAUGUGUGUGUUGAAAUUCAUGCAAUUUAAAGCAUGCUAAGAGCCUCAGAAACACCCAAAAAGAAUAUUAAAGUUUGAUGUGUUGCCAUGGCAAAAAAAUUUAAAAUCCUUAGGAAAACAAUAGAAAAAUCAAUAUGAAACCUGUUACCACAAUAAAGGUUCUAAAAAGAAGUUCUAAAUAACCAGUGGAUAAUUCUAGAGCCUGUAUGUUUUUAGUAUGUUUAACUUUGAACAUUUUUGAUAGUUAGAAGUUCAUAUUUGCUUUUCUUUAUUGAACUCCAAAAGUUCUAUCUCUUCUAAGAGUGUAUGUAAACAAGUAAUUGUUAACUAUAGGCUAUUACUUUAUUGCAGUUAUGUUAUCUUUACAUGUGGAUAAUAGGUAAGACACCACAAAAGGCCAUUUUGCACAAAUAAAUAAACAAACAAACAAACAAUUUUUUUAAAGAAUAUUCUCUAUCUGCUCAUCUACUGGAAAUCAGUGUAGCAUGUUGGUUUCACAGUGAAAGUGCAACCUUAUUUUAAUUUGUAAAUAUAUAUAUGUUUUGGAAACUUGAAAAAACAAAACAACAAAAAAACAAUGAAAUUCAUUUUUCAUCGCUGUAUGAAUUACAACCAGAGAACAUGGAGAAUAGUCUGGCUCAUGAAUACGGUAAGUUAAACAUAUCAUAUCAUCACACCAGUAUAAGUUACAUAAAUAUAUUAUGUCCACAGAUACAUUUGUACAGGUUUAUUUCAGUUGUUAUAGGCAGUGGCAUAUUCAAUAAAUUAUAACAACUAAUAAAAGACAAUUUAAAGCGUAAGAAUGUACAAAAGAAGAGCACAACAAAAUUAAAUCAAGUUGAAGUUUCCACGAAGUGAAUGCAUUCAGUCAGACUGCACAAAACAUUAUGACCUGUUGCAAAACAAUAAACAAUUGCAUACAUUUUCGCUAAAACCAUAUUUACCUUUUUAUUUUUUAUAGGAUAAUCCAUUAAACCUGCUGAGAAAGAAGCAUGAACUCCGUUCCACUCACACGCCCGCUGGAAACUCAUGAAUAUUCACGUGAACCACUGAAACCUGAAAUCUCGUAAAUCUGAAAAUAUCUCGUACCACCGGAUUUUUUAGACACAGAUGGGAGGAGGCUACUUACAGCCCUGAAGGGCAACAUGAGAAAAAUUCGAGGUGGGGGAAAAUAUUUAAAGUGUAUUAGAUCCUUAGAAGAUUUUUUCUCUCACACUUUCCUCUGAAGAUUUAUCAUGAACUCUCCAGACUACGAUGGCAGAACCGCGUUCCUGGGAGACUGGGGACCUUUCCAAAGGACGGUGUUCAUUCUUUUGUGUUUGAGCACUACUCCCAAUGCAUUCACAGGGUUAUCCAUGGUGUUCAUGGGCGAUACACCCGCUCAUCACUGCCUCAUUCCUGCGGCUCUGAACAUCACUGAUGAAUGGAGAAACGUGUCUAUUCCUCUGGACGAGGAUUCUCGACUCACUAAAUGCUCAAGACACCGAGUGGACAUCGUGAAGAACUAUUCGGACAGAGGUUUGCUCCCGUGGGUGGAUGUGAAUGUCUCGUCCAUUCCUCGAGAAGCCUGUGUGGACGGCUGGGAGUAUGAUAAAGAAACGUACAUCUCCACGAUUGUUACAGAGUGGGAUUUGGUGUGUUCAGAUGACUGGAGAGCUCCACUGACCACCUCACUCUUCUUCUGUGGUGUUUUGACUGGUUCUGUCAUCUCUGGACAGAUGUCUGACAGGUUUGGCAGGAAAAUAGUGCUGUUUGUUACCAUGGGGAUUCAGACAGUAUUCACAUUCAUUCAAGUCUUCUCCCCAUCUUGGUUGAUUUUUUGCUUGUUGUUUUUCAUUGUUGGAAUGGGCCAGAUUUCAAACUAUGUUGCAGCAUUUGUUUUAGGAAUGGAAAUAUUGAGCCCAUCCAUUCGUGACCUCUACUCCACUCUUGGUGUGUGUCUUUUCUUUUCAAUUGGGUGUAUGAUGCUUCCACUGGCUGCCUACUUCCUGCGAGACUGGAGAAUGCUGCUGAUGGCCCUCACCAUCCCUGGAUUCUUCUACAUACCCCUUUGGUGGUUUAUUCCAGAGUCUCCUCGAUGGCUGUUGUCUCAAGGGAGGGUUGACGAGGCUGAGGCAAUUCUGAGAAAGGCUGCCAAGAUGAACGGGGUUAAAGCCCCUGAUGUCAUUUUCCCCCGGCUUCAGUCAAGGGAAAAUGCUGGAAGGUUGCAGACCUACAGUUUCUGUGACCUGGUGAAGUCCAGCAACAUCCGCUGCAUUACUGUCCUGCUGUGCCUGAUUUGGUCGACUGUUUCGAUUGGAUACAGUGCCUUGUCUCUGAACACGUCCAAUCUGCAUGGGAACAUCUACUUGAACUGCCUCCUGUCAGCAGUAGUGGAAGUGCCUGCGCUCAUCAUGGCCUGGCUGAUGUUCCGCCACUGGCCACGCCGCCUUUGCUUGUCCUCCACCAUGUCAUUAGGAGGACUGGUUCUUCUCUUCAUACACCUCAUACCACAGCAUAUGAGCUCUGUUACCAUUUCUCUGGUAAUGCUGGGAAAGUUUGGUCUGUCAGCAGCAUUUGCGAUUGUGUACCCAGCGACUGCAGAGCUUUACCCCACCAUUCUGAGGAACACGGCUUUAGGAACCUGCACCAUGGCAUCCAGAGUCAGCAGCAUUUCUGCACCAUACAUCCUCUACUCAGGAGGCUACUACAAAUCUUUGCCGUACAUCUUAAUCGGCAGUCUGAAUGUUCUCUCCGGGUUGCUCAGCCUUCUGCUUCCGGAGAGUCUGGGAUUACCUUUACCAGAGACUAUCGAUCAUAUGCAGACAGUGGUUUGGUCUAAAAGAAGACAUUUUACUUACAGUCCAACCAACAGUAAAUGUGAAGAGGAGCAUGAGUCUGAACACUUAUCCUCUCCACCAUCUGAGAGCACUUCAGCACAAGUGCAGUUUGAUUGGGAGUAGAGGAGCAAAUCUGACCAGCAGAGGGCGACUCAGACUCGCAGUGAACAGUGUUAGAUUUCUACACAUAUUUUUAUCUUAAUAUAAUGCCCAUGCAGUGUUUUUGGCUUUGCUGUGCUGCUGAAGACCUCAAGAGUGAUGAAUAUGUAUUUAUCUGGGUCAGACUGUUCAAGCAAACAACGGGAUGAUUAAUAUACAACUCAUCCUCUUAUGGAACAUACCUAUGUGAAAUUAAGUUAUGUAAUCUGCACUUAACUGAUGAUUUUAAUUUCAGUCUUGAAAAUGAGAAGCCAAUGAUGCCUUGCAGUGCCCGCUAAAGUGGAAUAUAUGAUAUUUUACACGUAAUUUAAUGAGAAGAGUCCUCAUGCAUGGUCUUCAUGAUGAAUGAUCUCUUGUCGUCCACUUGGAGAUGGUUUGGAUGAUAUGUGGUUGUGUCCACAGGUUAAUGAAUCAUACCAAUAGCAGGGGCUUCAGAUGUCUGAACAAAAACAGCAAGUAAAGAAAUCACAUGUGUAUAUUAGAUCUGUGUAUUAAAGUGAAAGCAGCCUACUGCUGUAUAUGCUUUUAAUGUGAAUCAAACAACAAAAGAAAAAACAAAAUUACUCACUGCUCUUGAUUGAAUAACUUUAGUAGCUUUAAUGAGAAUAUAUUUCUUACUUGAAUGCUGCAGCUAAAUGCUCUGGCGCGUCCUUCACUGUCGUCGCUCCUCCUUUUAUCCUUCCAAGCUCCUCUGUGAGACUUGCGUCACCGGCAAUGUAUGAAUUAUGUCUUGCUUUUACCUGUAUGACCAUAAAUUAUGAAGACAGUUUCGUGUCUAAAGAAGAAAAACAAAUCCAGCAGGUGCCUCACAUGCGCAUGCACAAAUUCUUGCAUUGCUUACUUGAUAUCGCAGCCUGUUAAAUAUUAAAAUAAAAUAUAUCAACCAAACAUUACACUGCUCAAUUCAAUUCUGUAAUACAAUCUGCUGUUUACCACUUACUGCUGUUAUAUGUGAAGGAUGAUGUUUUACAUCAAUAAUGCGAGUGAAGUACAAAGCUCAUAUAAUAAAUAAUAGUUUAGCAUUCGUCUCGAAAAUGAAAACAGUUGGAUUCGUGCUGAAUGAGAAAGGUAGGCUACAGAUUCACUUUAAAUUAAUUCGUUUUGCAUUUAUAAAUAAACCUGUUUCUCGCCUUGAAUUUAGCAAUAGAAGCUGGAAUGGCAUUAAAAAAAAAAGAGAGAUUUUUUUUUUUUUUUUUUUUUUAAUUCAAUUUUGGCUUGACGUUUAUAUAGCCUGAAUAGUCCAACUGUUAAUUUUAGAGGUUUUGUUGUGGAGUACGUAAGUGGAUAUGUAAAAUAAUAUAGGGCAGUUUUGUUCAUAAUUUAUGUUUACAAACAUUAUAAACAAAGCUAUGUAGGCUAGGCUUCUACAUUUUACUUUAUUUACCGAUAACUUUAUUAUCAUUAUUUCUGAAUGUAAUAAUAAAAUAUGUGAGGUAUAUGCCUAUGUGACUUAUCUUUUUUCCUCUCAGGAAUAGCGUCGGUAUUUUUAACCAUGCUGCAAACAUCUUGAAAAAAAUACUUUAAUUUAUAAACCAUUGUUUUUCCUUUCAUUUAAAAGGUUUACAUUUUGACAGAAUCUUGUUAUAAAAGAUAAUUGUAGGCCUAUUGGUUA